AUGGACGGCCAAAGCUCAAAGCAUGGUUUCAUAAAAUCAAUGAAAGAUUAAGAUAUAUAUCUAGAACCAGUAGCCGAACAUAAAUAUACCAUAAUUUGGAUGCAUGGACUAGGAGACUCUGCAAAUGGAUUUUUAAGUUUCUUCUACUCUGCUAAUCCAGUAGUCCCUAACAAUGUAAAUUUUCUAAUUAUAUUACUUUUAGUCUAGAACACUAAAGUAAUUCUCUUAAAUGCUCCUUUUGCUCCUGUAACUAUAAACGGUGGAGAGAAAAUGAAUUCUUGGUAUGAUAUUUUAAGUUUAGGAAAAGAUAAAAGAGUUGAUGAAAAUACAAUCCAGAAAAGCACUACAAGAGUUCUUAGAGUAUUAAAGGAAGAAGUCAAGAAGCUAAAUGAAGAUCCUUCUAAGGUAUUUAUAGGUGGAUUUUCAUAAGGCUGUUGUAUGGCUUUGAAUGUUGCCUUAUCUUAUGAGAAUAUUAUUGGUGGAGUUGUUGGCUUGAGUGGUUUGGUAUUUCAACAUAUGCUAGAUAUUAUUGAGAAUGACAAUGAAAACACUUUCUUAGAUAAGAAAAAGAAUCUUAAGAUAUUUGCAUAUCAUGGAAAAGAUGAUCAAGUCAUAUAAGAAGGCAAUGCUUUAAAAACAUAUGAAAGAUUGAGAAAUUCAGGAUUUGAAAAGUUAACCUAUAUUGCUGAAGAAUUUUUAGAACACUCAGUUAGUCCAACAGAAGUGAAUAAAAUUAAAGAAUUCCUAUCAUAAGUCAUGGUUUGA